AUGAGCUCUCUAAAAUGGAUUUUAUUUUUCAUCUCCAUUGUCGCUUUUAAUAUUACAGAAGCUCGUGUGUGCAGCUAUGGUGGAGGUUACGCUUCUGGAUAUGGGUUGACAGGCCCACCUCCGCCUCCAACAGUCAUAGUGGUGCAAGCCCUGGCUCAGUUUAAUGGAUGGUAUGGUCAACCGCAGAUGUCUUCUUAUGGGAAUCCAAUUGUUAUACGCACAGAUUCAGAAGAUGAUAGCUUAAGAAGUAUUUUACCUAUACUUUUACUCCUACUCACUGAUAAUGGAGGCCGAUGUGGUGGAGGCUUCGGUGGAGGAUGUAAUUGUGGUGGUUGCUGUGGCGGAUGUGGCAAUGGAUGUAGAGGUGGAUGUGGCGGUGGAGGAUGCGUAGGUGGAUGUAGUGGUAGAUGUGGAGGUGGAUACGGUGGUGGAGGGAAUACAAUACCAAUACCUUAUCCGAUAGCAAUACCCGUUAAUUGUCCUAUCAUAACCUAG